UCACAAAGUAGAAAUUCAGAUCUCCUAUCUAUAAGGAGCUCAGUCAUCAUAGGAGUUUCCCAGAACUCCUUGAGGUCAACAGGCAUGACAGGAACCUAGAGCCCUUCCCCACUCCCAACCUCCUCACUACCUCCUCAGAUAGAGUAAGUCCAUGCCCAGAGACGCCCGGAGGCCUCCUCCUACUCUCUGGGAGUUCAUAUUUAAUGUGGCCUUUAGUCAACACUGGAAGCAAACCGCUGGGGCCAGGCCUGGGACUAACAGGUUCAGGCUAGAGAGUGGCCAAGCACUCCCCAUGCCAUGGAUCUUCCUGCCUUUAGUUCCCUGCUGGUCCCAAGAACAGAAGACUGUAAACAUGGCUUUGACAAAUCCCUAAUGACUUUGCCUCUCUCCAGGAGACCUGUUCAAAAGGUACCUCAUCCUCAAAAAGCCAAAAAUGGUUUGAGGUACACAGAAGCCAAGGACAAAGGCCACUGAAGACUGUGCUGGCUGUAAUUUGUAGAUGAGAUGAUAUCCAUCUGUCUGUCUGAUCCACUGAAGCAGAAGCUGGUGGAGACUAACCUUAUUUUCAUGAGAAGGGGAAAGGUACCUGGGGCACAACAUGAAGCCAGUCACUGUGGGCUAUAGAUAGCCUGCUGUGAUUGGUCCAUUUCUCACUCUGACCUCACAAGGGGCAACUGUGAGUCAUGAGGGUCCCCUAUAUAAGGCCGUGGGCUGGGCUGGAGCUCUGUCCUAAAGAGCAGGGAGCUGACUUAGGUGACCUGUGGGACUCUCAUAGCUAUCUGGUUAGUCGUUGAGCUGAGACUUUGCCACCACCUGUCUGCACGGGAGCACAGUGACCACCUAGCCUCAUGGACUGCCAUCCCAACACCGAGAGCCUGAACAGCCAAUAUAUGGUCCAAUUUCCCAUCGGCCACGGUGGAUUUGGCUCUGUGCAGCUGGCCUACCAUCGCCUCACAGGCAUCCCGGUGGCAAUCAAAGUGAUAGAAAACCUCGAGGAAGACCUCCGCUUCAUCGUAUCUGAGAUGAUGGCCCUCGAAAGACUGCACCACCCCAACAUCAUUCGCCUCUUCCAGGUGCUGGUAACAACAGAGUAUAUCUACUUCAUCACGGAGUUGGCCCCGGGAGGAGACUUGCUCCGAAGAGUGAAGAAGGAGGGCAGGCUGCAGGAGGAAGAGGCACAGAAAAUAUUCGGGCAGAUCCUGUCAGCCAUCAAGUAUUGUCAUGACCUGAACAUCGUCCAUCGAGAUCUGAAGCCCGCAAAUAUCCUCCUUGAUGAAGAGGGCAACGUGAAGCUGGCAGACUUUGGCCUCUCCACCAGUUGGAGACCUGGAACUCUACUGCACCAGAGAUGUGGGACCAAGAGAUUCAAUGCCCCAGAACAGGUCCUGGGGUUGGGCUAUGAUGGGAAGAAGACAGAUGUGUGGAGUCUGGGUGUGCUACUGUAUUUGAUCACCACCGGGAACCACCCCUUCCAAGGAGACACCAUGGAAGAGAUCGAGGGGAAGAUCGUCACAGGUAGCUAUGAUAUUCCAGCUCACGUCUCUGGGCAACUGGAAAAUUUAAUUCAUCAAAUAUUGACAGUUGACCCAGAGAGGAGGCCCUCCAUUGAAGACCUUCAGCAACAUCCAUGGAUUAAGUGGAAAGAAAACAUCGCAAGUGAAACCUUGUUAGAUCCCAAGGUUUUAGACACACUCUCUGACCUCGGCUUUAAUAGGAAUGACGUUUUGGAAUCCCUGCAAAACAACAGAUACGAUGAGUUGAUGGGGACAUAUCUGAUUAUCAGAGAGCAGGCCCGCAAGGUCCUGCCCCUUGAGCUUGGCUGCAACACCUCAGUCACGUCUGUGGACGUUGGAGCUGCGCCUCCUGUGUCCCUAGUAUGUCCCUCUGUCUCUGGUCUUCCCCCAAAACGGAGGGCCAGUGAGCCCACCUUUGGCCUCCACCACACCCAGCCUUCACACCAGCCCCUGCCUGUUGUGCCAGCAGCCCCAGGGCAGAAGGUGGCCAGAAGUGCCUCCAUGCCUAUAUGUUGUCACCAGAAGAAGAGCCCCACGUGGAGCUCUGCCACCCUAUCCAGAGGUGAGACUUCUCUGAGUGUCUCCAGUAGCAUACCAGAAGAGGAAACCACUCCAUCCUCUAGAAAUGACUCUGACAUGGAAAAUGCACAGAACCCUCAGAACAUCGGGUGCUUCCAGAGACUGUGCAAGAGAAUCAGGGCCUGCUUCUCCAGAUUAUGCUGCUUCUCGGGGGAUCAAGAGACACAAGUCCAGCCCAUGUUCAAUAACAAAGUGGCUCCUGCGACAGAGACAGGAUGAAGAUGCCAAGGAACUGGGCAUGCAGGUUUUAGAGGGUGCUUAUGUGCUUUGCAUUUUAUUUUCUCUGACUUUUCACCGAAAAAGCAGAAAUGUACAUGUUUGUUUUGUGGGGUCCAAUGGGAUGUUCAGAUGUAUUUCUACACCAGCUGGAUUAAACCCUACCACUUAGCAUACCUCCUCAGGAAGAAAUCCUGCUGGAACAUACUCAGGUGGUGUCUGAUGUAACUGAACUAGCAGAAGACACCAAAGACUGUGUUCAUAGUGAGGUGGGUGGUGGGUGUUGUGCUGUGGAGCUGUUGUCCACAGGGAACAGAUGUUCAUAUAGAAGACUCUGCUUGGGGAUCUAGGGCCUGAAAGAAUGACUAUGGUCAAAGCCCAAAGGGCAACUUCAACAUCCCCCUACAGUUCAAGUGGACAGGCAGAGUGUGGGAAGACCUGUGAGGCCUGAUGUCACAUUGAAGAGGCUGCUGUGGGAGGCUGAGCUGGAUCCCAGUUCCUGCAUACCCUGGGCACCCAGUCUAGACGAGAUGUCUGCAUUGUCACAGCACUCUCUACCGUGGCAUUCCGGGAGAAUGUCCUCAAAGGACAGAGGUUGAUUACAAAAGAUCCACCAAUUUCCAAUCCUCAGUCUUUCACAUCUGAGGAGCAUGGAGGAGGAGACUCUACUGAUCUUUUCAUGGCGGUCAUGUGACCUAGAUCCUUGUAUUUCAUGGGCAUUGUGUCCUCAAUUGUGGGAUCUCUGACUACAAAGGCAGGUAGUUCAUAGUUGCUGAGGGUCAUGCCUUCUAGAGCAAGACUUUACUAGAAAAACAAGGUCAAAUCUAUCACCUAAGCAAGAGAUGGAGAAGGGAUGUGAGGCCAUCGUGUGUAAGGAAGAAAAGUCCCAAUGGAAUCCUAUGUGAUGAUCUGGUACCUGGCAGAGGGACUACGGUCAAGGCUCAAAGGGGACACCUCAAGAUCUCCCUGCAGUUCAGGAAAACAGACAAAAAGUAAUGAACUCUGACCUACAUUCUGAUAGCAUAGUGUGGGGCAUCAACCAGGUCUGGACACAAGCAUCUGCAGACGAAAGUCCAGAUAGUUAGUGUCUCCUGCUGCAUGUCCAGUUCAUGGGACACUGGGCAACCAAGAAGUCAUUAUGAUUAUAGUGCCACAGGAGUCUCCACGGGGACCUAACUCCAUUCUCAAGAGCAGAGGAAACUGGGAUAGCAUUCCAAAGCUUCUGAUGAUCAGGCAAGAAGCACUCAUGGUGUCUUUUAGCCCUACAUCCCAAGAAGAAAAUAAACUCAUUCUCAUGGGGCACUAAUGCGGGCCCUUUUUCUCCUACCUUCCUCCAUGUAUUCUAUGUCCAAUCACCCAGAAGAAAUUUCCCUACAGCACUCACAGUAGAACCAUGCUCCAGAUUUUGGGAAACACAGUUGGGAUGGUUUUCUGGGCCUCUCUGUCCUCCCAUGACUUUAUGGACAUUUAUAAUGUGUGCAGUCUCUGGAAGGUCGUGUGCAGGCUGGGAUUGAGCUGGGGCUUUGCCACCAUCUAAUGCAGAAGCCCUUAUGCCAAUAUGUGACCCUGUUGACAAGGUUGUUCUGCUCUUCAAGCCGAUGUUAUUAUUCACCUGCCUCCAUAUAAACACAGUACAGCAUGCCCUUACUUUGUGCUACAGUUAUUAUGGUGACGUAAAGAGAAGAAGGACUUUGACAGUAGGAAGUAGGAUGGGAAGACUUCGUGAGGCCCAGCUGUACCUGGGAGGUAGACAGCGAAACCAACAAUACCCUCUUCAGACCUGCUUUCUAUACUGGUGUCCUUGUACCGAAGCUCUGUCACAGAGAAGGCAACAAUUUCUCCCCAAAACUCCUUCAGCCUUCAUUCUGAGUCUUCUAGAUGGGAAGAACCUGGAGAAGGGUCUCUCCAGAUGUGUCAGAGGGUGGCCCUAUGACCUGGGUCACAACUUAUCUUGGGAUUUUAUUCCAGGUGUGGGCUGUCUGAUAGAGCUGGACUCACAGUUCUAGCCAUGCAGCCUCUUCCUCACUUUCUGGAAUGUGCCUGCUCCUGGCGUGUGCCUGCUCCUGUCCCCCUGUAGCAUCAUGGAGGUGGUCCUUUCUCCACAGCUCUGACCCCAUUUUACCUACAAGCAAUGAGAGAGAAGACUGGGACUGAAGUUUGAGGCCAGCUUCUGGGCUUCCUUUGUGCAAUGAUCUGAGCUGUUCUUUUGUCAGUUGUCAUUGGAUGGACAUGGUCAUGUGACAGGCCCUCAGGAGGGGCUGGAUCCCAGGAGCAGUAGUCUGGUGUCCAAGCUGUCCACAGGGAGCUGGCACUCUGAAAGAGUCCAGGACAAUCAGGAAGACAAAGGUGCUGAGGUAAGUCACAUGAAAACAGGUAUAGAGAGUCACAGACCUCAGAGGGUCCAUGGAAGAACAGAGAGUUGGAGGACACUGACUUGUCUGAAGGUCACAGCUGGACAUAGCCUGGGAAGAAAG